AUGUUCUUAGAAGAUCUUCCUCAAUUCUUAGCAGUAGGUAGCGUUUCUGUUGCACUGCCAUGUAUCUGCGCGGAAUUUUUCACCAUCUCGUAUUUACUUUUCUUAAUAUUAAUUGAACCCGCCCACUCCAUCCUCUACCAAUGUUCGAUGGUUGACGUAAAAAGUCUGUUAGAAGGGUGUGAUCGUUUAGUUGGCUUAAAUAUCACGAGUGUAGGUGGUACUAUGGUUAACGAUCAUAACUGCGAUGUUCUUUUACCGAAGCAAGUGUUUAUAGAAGAGCCCCUUUAUCAAUAUGGUUUUGCGGAUUCGAAAAAGUUUUACUCUAUUCUCAUGGUUGAUCCAGAUGCCCCUCCUCAGAUAGAAGGAGAAUUUUAUUUGCAUAUGAUUAAAUCAAAUAUUCCAGGUGUGGGCUUAAAAGCCAAAGAAACCAGUAAAACCGUUGGAAUUGAUUAUAGAGGGUAUAAGCCACCAACGCCAUCUCGCGGAUCAGGCAUGCACCGCUAUCUAAACUUGUUGUAUGAACAGGCGGACGGAAAUAAUUUCUUGCCGAGCGUGCCUUCAUCUCGUAGCCGCUUCCAUCUUACAAACUGGCUUCGUGGAAAAAACCUUUGCGGACCGAUCGCAGCUACACAGUUCCGUGUGCAAUACUAGAUGGCGCUAAGUGUUUCAAAUUUUAAUAAAUGUUCCUUAUGUUUACAAUCAAUUUUAGGUAUCGUCAUACCUAAAAUUGAUUCAGUUCAGUUCUUUGCUUAAUGGCUUUUAGUUGUGUCAGUUUGACAAGGUAUGACGUUAAUCUGUACUAAUUAAGAGAAUAAAAAAAUCACUGAUUUAA